GUAGACUAGUAGCACAAAAGAACACGUGGCUUCAUUCGAUAUCCGUGUCUGUAUCUACGAGUGUUGACAAAUUGUUCGUUACGGAUGAUGGUUGUGUUUAGGUAGUGACCGACAGAAACUGAGUCCUAAAUGGAGAUCGCAGUUGGCGCAGAGGACGGAAAUAUAGAGCACCAAUCCCAAGCGGAUGAUGAAAAAAAAACUAAAAAAAGUGAUAACGAAACGACAAUGGAUAUCGACGACAAAGACGUAGUUCAUCUGCCCCAAAAGAGGUUUUAUCGACAAAGGGCGCACUCUAAUCCGAUCGCUGAUCACUGUUUCAAUAACCCAUGUACGCCGGUUGAUAUGGACUGGACGAAGUACUACGACGGUUGCUUUGCUCCUGAAAAAUCGAAAGUCGAAUUUGUUGAUAUUGGCUGUGGAUACGGCGGCCUAUUAGUGGAGCUGUCGCGUAUGUUCCCAGACAAAUUUAUGGUUGGACUGGAAAUUCGUGUUAAGGUAUCCGACUAUGUAAUGGACCGUAUAAAGGCGCUGCGGAAAAUGUACCCAGGUUGCUAUGGCAAUAUAUGCUGCCUGCGCACGAACGCCAUGAAAUACCUGCCAAACUAUUUCCGAAAGGGACAACUGCAGAAGAUGUUUUUUUUGUUUCCCGAUCCCCACUUUAAGAGAACCAAACAUAAAUGGAGAAUCAUUUCUCAGCAACUGUUGGCUGAGUACGCGUACGUUUUAGCCGUCGAUGGUAGGCUCUACACAAUUACAGAUGUGCUCGACCUUCACGAGUGGAUGGUCACCCAUACAAGUGAGCAUCCGCUUUUCGAACGAAUGCACAAUGACGAACUGAAGGAAGAUCCAAUUGUGGAGAAGCUCUAUGAAAGCACGGAGGAGGGUAAAAAGGUUACACGGAAUGCUGGCAAAAAGUAUCUGGCGGUGUUUCGACGCAUUCGCUCCAAUCUUCAAGAUCCAUUUGCUCAUUACAGAACUGGCUCUGUACAUAAACACCAUUCCGAUAUACUCCAUUAAAUGUUCACCACCAAACUGUGCGUAGUCUUAUGGUUUCCUAUAUGUGGAACAUUUUGUCGUUCACGUCUUAUAUAUAUAUAUAUAUAGCUUGCGACAGAUCUCACAGAAGAAACCGAAUUAUGAGUAUGUUAGUUAUAGGAAACGCUUACGUUUAAUUACGUUAAUUGUAAAAACGUUGCUUUGCCACAGAGAGGCAGGCGAAUUUCGUGACUGAUAAUAAUAAUAAUCUGGACAGAUGGUGUAGAUAUGUACGCUGGAAGUUAUGUAUCUUAAUAUACAUGUGUGUGUAUUGCUGCCAUCAUUACUUUGUGAAUUAAUAAAAGUUCCGAGAUUUGCGUCCUACUUUGCGUUGCACGUUUAUAGUAUUGCUUGGGACGAAGGAAACUUUGUUUUUACAGCCCUUUUCGUAUAGCGCAAUUAUGACUAAUAAGUGGAAUGGUCUAUUUUUCCAAAGAUAGAAAAAUCUCGCAACGAGCUCGCAAAGCUAGCAAUCGUUACCUAAACUAAAGAUACUUAGGCUAUUGGAGUAGUAAAAAUGUGUACGUUUUAUUACUUUGAUAUCAUUGUUGUUACGUUUGUUGCUGUCGUUGAUGGCAAAAAGUCAUGUACUUGUGUACUGUGAAUCACUGUGUGCUGUAAUAUACAUAUGUAUAGGCAACAAUUCACAUGAUUAGUUCAGGACAUUUUCUGUAUAAGCUAGAGAAGACGAAAUAAGCGAAAAAAAAAAA